UGCAAACAGUCACAAUCGGUCUCCCAGCGAAAAACCACACUGCCAAAUGUUGACGCUGAGAGAAUAUUAUGUGUUUGUGCUCUGUUCAACAUUGUUCUAAUCUCAACAACUGAGUUGUCAUUCAGCAUAUCUCAGAGUUGCUAUGGCAACUAAACACGGCAUUGCUAAUGACACCGAACUUCCAGUGAAAAGAGAAAAGUUGGAUUCUAACGAGGAAGGAGUAACAAGAAUAGGUAUCGAUAUGCCAGAUAGCGGUAACAUACACCGAAUUAUGAAUAACCGUGAGAAACAUGACGACGUUGAUGGUAACACUGCCGAGAAUGGGUUUCGUAAUAAAGAGCAGCAAGUAGUUAAUGAUUCCAUACGACAAAGGGAACGGCAACUUGAGGGGAUGAUUCACCAACUGCAAGGUUUACGAGAACAGUUGCUGGCCCAACAGCAGGAGAACAAUGAGCUACAGAAAGAUCAGCUGCAGAAACAGCAACAGCAGAUUGAAAUUCAACGACAACAACAAGAAAUGAUACAGAUGCAACAACAGCAAUUACUGCAGCAGCAACAGAAAAUACAGGUUCUGCAGCAACAGAUACAAGAGUCCACACAGAACUCUCCCAGUCCAUAUGUCCGACUGAUUCCUGUGUAUCCGUCUGACAUAGGACAUGCGGCCUCCCUAGGAGUACUGCCAGACGGUGUACACCAGAACAUGCUUGUACGCCCUCAACCAUCUCCUAAGAUGGAUCAGCGUCCAUCAGGGGUUAUCAUUGACAAAUCAAAAAAUGCUAUAUCCUGCGCAUCGCUCACUCGGUUCUCAGAACAUGCACCUGUGACAACUACGCCGAUGGGAUUUCGUAGUCACCCUCAGGGCUUGUUAACAAUACCAAGCGUCACUCCGACACCACAAGCAAUCCCCUCAACUCUUGGAGGAGCUAAGAGCGCACUCCAAAGCCUCCUCACAAAUCCACAGCCACUGAAUCUUUCAAAACCAUCCAAAGUUAAUGACUCUGACAAUAUAACAACAACCACUGCCAGUGUGACUUCUCCAAAACUUGCCAGUACAACCGCGGAUUUGUCAAAAGUGCCGCAGGUUACAUCGCCAAAGCGUUAUAUAGUUCAUGAACCGGACAUGGUGUCUGAAGCAAUACGCCAAGCUCGCCAACUGAAACAGAAAACUGAAUUGGAACGCAUGUUAGGUCCUAAACUUGAAGUGGGUACUGGGCACAACUUUCUUGGUAAUUACCCUCACAGCUUCCUUCCAGGACAACACAAGGAGCAGGCUAUGUCUCCAGGUAGCUGCAGUCAGAGCUCUAUCAGUAGUGGUUCCAGUAUUGAUAGCAAGGUAAUUGACAAUACCACUGACAAGGAAAGGAUUGCCCUCGAAGCAUUAGCACAAAGAUUUUGUACUCGUACCACCUCCUCAGCCACAUCCUAUCCUGUCAGUGUCAAUGUUAAUGAUGAUUGCGACAAAGCUUACCCAUCGCAUGUAUACUCCACUGCUGGACACGAACACCGUCAGGGAAUGAAGGAUGGCAGGAUGGUGAUUGACUUGACUGACGAAGAAGAACGAAAUAAACUAGAGCAAAUGUCUCCUAACUCUGCUACCAUAGCUCGCAUGUACCGUGACGGACGUCGUUACCAACCAAAUGAGCCUCACAUCAAGAGACCAAUGAAUGCAUUCAUGGUGUGGGCCAAGGAAGAACGCAAGAAGAUUCUGUCCAUGCAUCCCGAUAUGCACAAUUCAAAUAUUAGUAAAAUACUUGGUGCCAAAUGGAAAGCAAUGUCUAACGCUGACAAGCAGCCAUACUAUGAAGAGCAGGCAAGACUAAGCAAGGCACACCUAGAGAAGUACCCUGAUUAUAAGUACAAACCGCGACCAAAACGUACAUGUAUUGUCGAUGGCAAGAAACUGCGGAUCAGUGAGUACAAAGCACUGAUGAGAGCGAAACGACAAGAGGUACGACAUGUUCUUUACACCAGUGAAGCGCAACGAUUGGCUGUUCAACAUGCCAUUACAUCAUUAAAUGACCAACCUGGCGCCAUAAUGACCACGGCCAACUCUCCACUGAUGGAAAAUCCGUAUAUGCGUUCGCCGGAGUACAUCGAGAUGAACCGGGAUAAUAAAGAUUAGUGACACA